CAUCUGAUUUGAAAUUAUCUUCCAGAGAUUAUUGUAUUAUAAUCCCUUAUUAAAAAUGGCAGACAAUGAUUUUAUGCCAUUAGCUGAUAUCAAGUGUGGCUUGGAUACACUUGAUAGUGUAGACACAGAAGACUACACUAUAUUCAAUCAAAUGGACCUUUCCCUCCUUGCCUUCCAGAACUUUGAGGAAAUUAGAAGGAAAGGAAAACUCUGUGAUGUCACCCUCAAGGUGGAGGAACAGAGCUUCUCAGCUCACCGCAUUGUGCUGGCUGCUGUGAUGCCAUAUUUCAAUGCAAUGUUUACCAAUGGCAUGGUUGAGAGCAAGCAGAGAGAAAUUACAAUGCAAGGCAUUGAACCUGGGGCAUUGGAAUCUCUCAUUAACUUUGCCUAUUCUGGCAAGAUCAAAAUUGAUGGUGACAAUGUCCAGUCGCUUCUGGUGGGCUCCUCGUUCCUUCAGCUCCUACAAGUUAAAGAGGCUUGUGCAAAUUUCCUCAUAAACAGGUUGCAUCCGCGAAAUGUUCUCAGCAUACGGAGUUUUGCAGAAACCUUCUCUUGCCCGAUGCUUGUUGAAUCCUGCAAUCGUUAUUUGCAGAAACACUUUCUGCAAGUUGCUGCAUCUGAGGAUUUUCACCAGCAGACUUUUGAAAGCGUCUUGGAAAUAAUUUCUAGAGAUGAAUUGAAUGUCCCUUCUGAAUCAAGCGUUUUCGAGACUGCGAUGUCUUGGGUGAAGCGUGACGAGCGUCGCAUUAUUCAUCUCCCUGAAAUUCUCAAGAAGAUCCGCAUGCCUCUCCUCACUCCGGAGUAUCUCUCUGAUCGAGUUGCCACUGAGAACCUCAUUAGGUCGUCGCACGAGUGCAGAGAUCUUCUCGAUGAAGCCAAAGAUUAUCACCUGAUGCCGGAAAGACGACCAUUGCUACAAAAUUUCCGCACCCGACCUCGCUGCUGUAACGACAUUGUUGGACUCAUCUAUGCCGUUGGUGGCAUCACUAAGUCUGGGGACUCGUUGAGUACAGUGGAAGUUUUUGAUCCGGUGUUGCGACGCUGGGAGAUGGCAGAGAGCAUGUCGAUGCUGCGAUCGCGCGUAGGAGUUGUCGUGAUGGACAAGAAGCUUUACGCCAUCGGCGGCUAUGAUGGACAUGAUCGACUGGCGACCGUCGAGGUGUUUGAUGUGAGACAGAAGAGUUGGAGCAAGGUUGCGCCCAUGAACUGCAAGAGGAGUGCUGUGGGUGCAGCCGUACUCCAGGGUCUGCUGUAUGUGUGCGGGGGAUAUGACGGCUGUGCGUCCCUCAACACCGUAGAGUGCUACAGGGCAGAGGACGACGCGUGGCGCAUGUUGACGUCCAUGUCUAACCAUCGCAGCGCUGCUGGCGUCGUUGCUUUUGAUGGCCACGUCUAUGCGAUGGGCGGUCAUGAUGGCCUCAGUAUUUUUGAUUCUGUUGAGCGCUACAACCCGACGACGGCUUGCUGGUCGGCAGUGGCGCCCAUGCUGAGCAAGCGGUGUCGCCUGGGUGCGGCCACACUCAACGGCAAGCUUUACGUCUGUGGAGGUUACGACGGAUCUUCCUUCCUCAGAACCGUUGAAGUCUUCGACCCCAUCACUAGCAAGUGGUCGUUCGUAGCGCCAAUGAACGUGUCCCGCUCACGCGUGGCGCUGGUCGCUAACAUGGGCCUCUUGUACGCCAUCGGCGGCUACGAUGGCUGCAACAAUCUGUCCACGGUGGAGGUCUACAAUCCUGAGACAGACAAGUGGGACUUCAUUUCCUCGAUGUGUGCUCACGAGGGUGGCGUUGGCGUCGGUGUCAUCCCGUGUCCUACGGAGAGAUAGAGUCCAGCACGUCUGCCGAGACGCGAUAAUCGUUAUGUUGAAUACCGUUCGCCGGGCUGCCCUCGUCUUGCUUUGACUUAUUUGUAAGGUUAGGUGUCCUUUUUAGUGCUGUUUACUUACCUCCACACGGAGUGAAGUUUUAAUUAGACUUCAACGAUGCUGAAUCAAGGUACUAUGUCUGCUUCAUUCAAUUAACAGGAGGAAAAUUGUCAACAUUUUAUGUGGGUUUCCAAAAUCUAAUUUCAAUCAACACCAAACAGAUACGUCCACUCGGACUGUUUUCAGGAAGGUCUUGGUUGAAAGCGUUCUCGUACGUUGAUUACAUUACGUAGCCUUUACUUUGACUUUUAAUAAUUCCACCAUUAUUUGCUGAAAAUUUACUGUCGUGCAAAAAGCUAUUCAUAAAGUAUUUGUAAACCAAAAAUAAUUUCAAAUUUUGAUUUGUGUUCAAACAAUAUUCUCAAACUUGCGAUUAAUUAUUUUAGAAGCAACAUAUUUCAUAAUUAGCCGUUGAUACCUGGUGCAUGCGCUCUUCUGUCGGUCGUUAUCUUGCUGUUGACCACGCCACCGGUAAGCGUCUUAGUUCUCGGUCAUUAUUCGGUGUGCUAGAGGUUCAAUGUUGUAGGCAGUUACUCUAUUCAAUUUCAUAUAUUUUACGGCCUCUCUAUUUCUAUUCUAUUUAGGUAUGACUUCUCGUAUGCUUUCAUCUGUAUUAAGUGCAAAACCAUGUACACUGGCCGAGAAGACGAUGUCGUUUGUUUUGAUUGUUGAAUAUUUUGUAUGGAUCACUCUCAUGGUAAAUGAUAAGGAAAAUUUCUUAGUUAUGCUAAUUUUUAAGGAUAUUCGUAAGAACUUUUUAACGAUAAGUUCAUAUUUGAACGAUUUUAAGCUACCAGUAGGUGUCCUCCCAUCGCUUGCCUGGAUCUCAGACGCGAGCGAUGGAACGGCAUCUGCUGAGCUCGUUAUUUGUUCAUGACUCUCAUUACAUUUAAUAUUUAAAGCCCCACAGGUUGGCGAGGAAUGAAUUUUGUACUAAUACACAUUUCAUUCCCUUACAACAUUCCAUUAUAGAUUUUCUGUAAACCUGCACAUUCAUUUAUGGGUCACCUAACUUGUGGCCCGCUGGUAGUUACGUCUUGUUGAUAAGGACAAUACAAUUUCCCAUCUUUUUUGUCAAGUUGCGGUUAUUUUAGAGCGGCUAUGUUCAUGUCAGUUUCAUCGCUUCCCUUCUUCCUGCUACUUUUUUAGAGAAACAUGUCUAAUCCUGUUCAGAAAACUGUUGGCUGUCUCGAGGAGUAACACAUUCUCUGAAUUACGGCCAUGAGUGUCGUUACCCAUGUCUACAAUUUCUUGCAUGUGCAUCAAACGUCUGUGAUCAAAGUGACAAUUAAUUAAAUCUUUGUACAUA